AUGAUCCAAACCUCUUACGAAGACGAUCAUCCUCAUCAAUCUCCAUCUCUCGCUCCUCUCCUUCCUUCUUGCUCUCUUCCUCAAGAUCUCCAUGGAUUUGCUUCGUUUCUAGGUAAGAGAUCUCCGAUAGAAGGGUGUUGUGAUUUAGAAACGGGGAACAAUAUGAACGGAGAAGAGGAUUAUUCAGACGAUGGAUCUCAAAUGGGAGAGAAGAAGAGGAGAUUGAACAUGGAGCAAGUGAAGACAUUGGAGAAGAAUUUCGAGCUUGGAAACAAACUUGAACCGGAGAGGAAAAUGCAGUUGGCUCGUGCCUUGGGUUUGCAGCCAAGACAGAUCGCGAUUUGGUUUCAGAACAGAAGAGCUCGCUGGAAAACAAAGCAGCUCGAGAAAGACUACGAUACGCUUAAACGACAGUUCGAUGCCCUUAAAGCUGAAAACGAUCUUCUUCAAACCCAUAAUCAGAAACUCCAAACUGAGAUAAAGGGGUUAAAAAACAGAGAACAAACAGAGUCAAUAAAUCUGAACAAAGAAACAGAAGGAUCGUGCAGUAACAGAAGUGAUAACAGCUCAGAUAAUCUCAGACUUGAUAUCUCAACGGCACCGCCAUCAAUCGACAGCACAAUAACAGGUGGCCAUCCACCGCCUCCGCAGACAGUCAGUCGACACUUCUUCCCACCGUCGCCAGCCACCGCAACGACCACAACGACGACGAUGCAGUUCUUUCAAAACUCUUCUUCAGGACAAAGCAUGGUGAAAGAAGAGAACAGUAUCAGUAACAUGUUCUGUGCAAUGGAUGACCACUCUGGUUUUUGGCCAUGGCUUGAUCAGCAACAGUACAACUGA